GGCGGCGGCAGCAGCGAUGGCGGCCGCCUCGGUGUGGAAGGGGCUGGUGGGGCUCGGCCUCUUCGCCCUGGCCCACGCGGCCUUCUCGGCGGCGCAGCAUCGUUCUUACAUGAGAUUAACAGAAAAGGAAGAUGAAACAUUGCCCAUAGAUAUAGUCCUUCAGACUCUCUUAGCCUUUGCAGCUACCUGCUAUGGGAUAGUACAUAUUGCAGGAGAGUUUAAAGACAUGGAUGCCACUUCAGAACUAAAGAAUAAGACCUUUGACACCUUACGGAACCACCCGUCUUUCUACGUCUUCAACCACCGCGGCAGAGUCUUGUUCCAGUCCCCAGACACAGUGAAUUCUUCUUCAAACCAAGAUGCUUUGGCAUCCAGCUCGGCACUGAAGUUCCGGAAACUCGAACCUCUGCGCCGCUAAGACUUUUCCAGAGGAGCAGAAAGCACCCAGGAGGAGGAGGAGGAGGAGGAGGACACUGAGCUGUAAUAUCCAAGUCGGGGAUGUCAACACUGUUUCUUUUCUUUUGCAUUUCUGGAGCAGUAUUUAUAUUGAUCUUCCAGACUUUAUUAUAGAGUUUUAUAU